AUAAAAAAAAAUUUCAACAGAAAACAUAAAAGGAAAAAAAAUUAAGGGAAAGCAUUUCUCACAUCAGCUUCUGCAAGUGGGUCCUACGUAGGUACGUUUUUAUUUUAUGGUUCUGAAUACAAGGUCAUUUUCAUUUUAAAAAAUUACUUCGUUAUGGAUCAAAUUAUUUGUAUGCUGCAUCUUAUAUGAUAUCUUAUAUUUUAUUACUUUGUUAUGGAUCAAAUACGUGUCUUUUUCUUAUUGGCUUGGAUUUAGAUUCGGCUACAGAAGUAUUUCUUUCCUCUAGCAAUUAGCAGAACUAGUAACUUUGUUAUUCCUUCCUUUUUCUUUACCAUAAUCUUGUUUUCAAACUUUUCAACUUUUAAGUUUAUUAAUUAGUUCAGCAAAGUUGAGAUGCUAUUAUUUUUCACUACUCUUUCAAGCUGUUGCAGACCAUAAAACCAGGAAUCGACAUCAAAUUAAAGCAGCUUAAGAAAAAACUAUUUAUCAAAUUAGCAGAUUGAAAAAAGAAGAGGAGAGAUGACAACGGAAGUAGCUGUGCCUAUAGAUGAACGUGUUGAGGAAAUGAAGCCUUAUGUCAAGGCCUUGGAAAAUGACCGGAAAAACAUUAAAACACUGUAUCAGACCAAACAUUGUACUUUAUUCGAUCCCCUCACUCCCUGCGGAGAUACUGUUUUCCACAUUGCAGCAUAUAUGGGAAGCAUAGAUCUGCUUGGAGAUCUCUUCAAUAUGGUUGCAAUGCCCAGAAAAUGUGAAGUGUUCACGAUGAAGAAUAGUCAUGGCAACACCCUUCUUCACGAGGUGGUCAUGAGCAACAAGUUUAAGGCAGUAAAAUUCCUGGUUGAUGAGAGUGCACAUGAAGGACGAGCGAUGAGGAUGCUGAUGGACCGCAAUAAUUUAGGGGAGACGGCGCUAUACAGGGCUGCGGCAUUUGGCAAUAAAGCAACAGUGGAGUACUUAGUAAAUGAGGUGGAACAUCAAAAGGGAAAUCUGAAAGAUGAUCACUUCACAAGAAAACCUGAUGGCCCCUCCAUUCUUCAUAUUGCUAUCAUGAAUGAAAAACUCGAGACAGCUAUCUGGUUACUAGACAAAUAUCCAGAGCUGGCGACAGAGAAAUAUCGUGGGAAGACAUGUCUUCACAUUCUCGCUAGCAUGCCGACUGCUUUCAAAAGUUCUUCUUCCAUAAUGUAUGGAUUGGAGAUUAUAUAUAGAUAUAUUCCAGACAACUUAGUCUAUAGAGAUGAAAUUGAAGAGGAUGAAACAAGUCAGAACAGUAAGAGUAGGAUACGCUGCCUAACAAUGAUAAAGAAUAUACGUCUACCCAAGUUCGAUGAUCUUUGGCUGAAUCUAGCUGAAAGAUGGAAUUUUAUUAAGGAAAUUGGGAAAACAAAAAGGAAGCAUCGAUUUGCAGUUGACUUGGCCAAGAGGCUGGUAAAGAUGGAUUCUUGCUCGUGGCGUGAGCACUACAACAAAGAAGGGCACAACAACAUUGUUUGCUUUUCAGGAGACCAAGAAACAGGGGAGCCGUCGUCCCAAGCCAUAUGUCUUGGCACCACCGCCAAGAUGCUGGUAAAAAUGGAUUCUUCCACUUGGCGUGAGCACUGCGACGAAGAAGGGAACAACAUCAUUAUUUGCUUUUCAGGAGACCGUAAAAAGGGAGGCAAAGAAACAGGGCAGGCGUCGUCCCAAACCGGAUGUGAUGGCACCGCCACCCCCAUUGAGCCAGCGCCGGAUACUCCAUUGAUUAUUGCCGCCAGGACAGGGAUCAAGGAGAUUGUGGCCGAGAUGAUCAAAGUCUAUCCUCAAGCACUGGAGCAUGUUACCAGGAGUGGGCAGAAUAUUCUGCACGUAGCCAUUCUACACCGUAACCACAUCUUUGAUCUCAUCAACCCGAAGAGGGAAGUGGUAUGGCAGAGGGAAGUGGUAUGGCAGAGGGAAGUGGUAAGGCGGAGGCUGGUUUUGGGGAUCGACAAUGACGGUGACACCAUUCUGCACAAAGCCGCCUCUACAAAAUACUGUAGCGGAGGGACCGCAUCGACAGCGGCUCUGAAACUGCAAGAGGAGCUGAGAUGGUUCAGACACUGCGACGAAGAAGGGCACAACAUCAUUAUUUGCUUUUCAGGAGACCGUAAAAAGGGAGGCAAAGAAACAGGGGAGGCGUCGUCCCAAACCGGAUGUGAUGGCACCGCCACCCCCAUUGAGCCAGCGCCGGAUACUCCAUUGAUUAUUGCCGCCAGGACAGGGAUCAAGGAGAUUGUGGCCGAGAUUAUCAAAGUGUAUCCUCAAGCACUGGAGCAUGUUACCAGGCGUGGACAGAAUAUUCUCCACGUUGCCAUUCUACACCGUAACGACCACAUCCUUGAUCUCAUCAAAUCGAAGAGGAUACUCGAGGAAGUGGUGUUCGAGGAAGUGGUGAAGCGGAGGCUGGUUUUGGGGAUCGACGAUGACGGUGACACCAUUCUGCACAAAGCCGCCUGUACAAAACACUACAGCGGAGGAACCACAUCGACUGCGGCUCUGAAACUGCAAGAGGAGCUGAGAUGGUUCAGAAAGGUGGAAAAAAUGGUUCCUCCACAUUACACAAUCCAUCUCAACAAGGAGAAACGUACGGCGGAACAACUUUUAAAAGACCAGCACAAAGAACAACUGAAAGAGGCCCAAGAAUGGGUCAAGAACACUUCUCAGUCAAGCUCCACCGUGGCUAUCCUAGUCGCCACGCUUCUCUUCGCUGCCGCCUUCGCCGUCCCAGGUGGUUUCAUAGGAUAUGGCGACGCAAAAGACGCAGCGGCAAAUGCACCUGCCCCAGCGGUAGAUGUACAUUCCGGAACGGCAGUCCUUGCGGACAAGCCUCUGUACUCUUUUUUCAGUGUGAUGGACGUGGCGGGACUGGCGAGCUCAUUAACGUCGGUGGUGCUCUUCCUUUCAGUGCUCACAUCAUCACUUGAUCUGGAAGAAUUUCACUAUCAAAUACCCUCGAAACUGUCGGCUGGCUUCCUCUUUCUGUCCUUUGCCAUUGCAACCACUAUGUUUUCCUUCACAGCUGCAACUCUCCUCACCUUUCGUUUGCCGUCGGCAUGGACUACGUCUCUGACCUACGCCGCUGCGUUCAUUCCAGUCAGCAUCUAUGGGCUUGUGCAGUUCGGUUUGUAUUUCGCAUACCUCAAGAGUGCUUUAACCGGCAUUUUUAGGUUCGAGGAGAAGCCUCUUCCUGAGUAAUAACUUCGCAUAUUUUUAAGCUUAAAAUAUCAAUCUAGUUACUUGACUUUUAAAUUUGUACUAAACCUCUUAAAUUUUA